GGAAACUAAUAUUUAAAUUUAAAAAAAUGAAGAAAAGAAACUCUUCCUCUUCUUCCUCCUCAUCUUCUUCUCUUUCUUCCUUCUCUUCUUCAAUUCCUUCACAAACUUCAAAAGGACAACAAAAUGUUGUCAAACAAUUAAGUAAUAAAUUAGCAGCUACUUGCCAAUUGGAAUUACGUCGAGUUUCUCUUUUGUUGCUUUUAAUUGCUGGAACUACUUUUGAACAAGCCCCGAGUUGUUUAGCUAUUGAAAAUGAAGCGAUUGAUGAAUUAUUACCAGCUUCUCAAUUUUAUGAAAGCAGUAAUAAACGAGCAGGUGCACGCGCCUUCCAACGCCCUGAUUUUGAUGAUGCCAGUUAUGAAUUGAAAAGAGGGGGUGCACGAACAUUUUUAGUUGGGGAAAAAAGAGGUGGGGCUAGAGCAUUUUCUAAAUUAGAAGAGAAACGUGGGGGAGCAAGACCCUUCUACGAGGAGAAAAGAGGUGGGGCGAGACCUUUCUAUGGAUUCUUCGGUGGCGGUGAAGGCACUUGGAAGAGAGGUGGUAGCCGUUACUUUAUCCGACCCUUCGCUGAUCAAGGCUUUAGUGGAGUGGGUGCAGGUGGCUGGGCUAAAAGGGGUGGUGGUCGACAAUUUUCCGCUGAUAAACGUGCUGGUGGACGAAGCUUUUUUGGUAGUUUCGAUUCUGCAUUUGAUUCAACAAAUUAUUGGGUCCCACCCAGGUAUACACCAUUAAACAAGGCAAUCAUUGCCAUAAACGAUGAUCAAGUAAUGAAAAGUGGCACUCCAUUAUACAGCCGUCAAUUCAACGGAUUUAAUAUUCGAAAUAACAAAAAAUGA